AGACCUUCAGACCGAGCAGGCUCACAUGAGGACAUACAACAAGAGCCAUUUUGUUAAGCUGUGGAAGCUUCUUCAGCAUUUUGGGGCCAUUUUUCGGUCCCGGUUGAAAUGCAAACAGAGGGACUGUCGCAGACUGGUGGAUAAACAGGUUUGUUGACUGGCGAUGACAGAGGACGACGACUCCACUCUGUGAACGUUACAGACUCACCAGCUUGAUUUCAAAAUGUCCAACACCAGUGCCGCUCACACUUUGAUGAAAUGCAACAAGAGCGACGACUUCAAGUACCCUCUGUACAGCACAGUUUUCAGCCUGGUGUUCGUCUUCGGAUUCCUCUUCAACCUUGUGGCUGUCUACAUUUUCGGGUGCACGCUGAAGCUGAGGAACGAGACCACGACGUACAUGGUGAACCUGGUCGUUUCGGACUCUCUCUUCGUCCUGAGCCUGCCUUUUCGGAUCGUCUACUUCAUUAAACGGGAAUGGAUGUUUGGAAGCGAGCUGUGCAAGAUUUCCGUGGCACUUUUCUACACUAACAUGUACGGCAGCAUCCUCUUCCUCACCUGCAUCAGCGUCGACCGCUUCCUGGCCAUCGUGCACCCGUUUCGAUCCCAAAAACUUCGGACUAAGCGGAACGCCAAACUAGCUUGUGUUACAGUGUGGGUGUUGGUUCUUUCUGGAAGCAUCCCCACUGGGUUCCUUCUGGACACCACAUCACCCAAAAACGUUAACGCCUCUUCCAACUACUGCUUUGAAAACUACUCCAGUAACCAGUGGAAGUCCGAGUUGUCCAAGGUGGUGAUGUUCAUCGAGACGGUGGGCUUCGUGAUCCCGCUGAUGGUCAAUGUUUUCUGCUCCGUGAUGGUUCUUCGGACUUUGAAGAAACCCCAGACCAUCAGCCGGGGCGGCAGCAUCAAUAAGGCAAAAAUCCUGAGGAUGAUCAUUGUGCAUCUGCUCAUCUUCUGCUUCUGUUUCAUUCCCUACAAUGUCAAUCUCAUGUUCUACUCUCUGGUCCGGACCAAAGUUCUCAAAGGAUGUUACGCGGAACAUGUGGUCAGAACCAUCUACCCCAUUUCACUGUGCAUAGCCGUGACCAACUGCUGCUUCGAUCCCGUUGUUUAUUACUUCACUUCGGAGACCAUUCAGAGCUCCAUCAAACGCAAGUCCACCGUGUGGCACAACGGCGUCAAGCUCCUCGACAGAUUACAUGGGGACAGCGCACAAAGCACCCCGAAUUCUACGCCCAAAAGUCUGGCCUUGAGGUCUCUGAGAAGCAAGUGCCCAGACGCAAAGAGUUUACAGUCGCAAGACAACUCUACCAUGUGACACCAUAAGAAAUCCAGCACGGACUGUUGGUGAAAAAUGCAAGGACUCACACUGAAACAGUGAGCAAGAACAGAAGACAUUGUUUGAAUGGACACUCAUUUGUGGGAUUUAAGACAUUGACCCUUAUUCAACCAAUACAAAUGACGACAUCGGGCAGGAUUAAAACUCAUGCCAAGAUGACAAAACGAACAAUUCUAUACAAUACUUGCACUGACCUGCGACCAUUUGUAUGAGCGACUGUGACUGAACCAAUGAAUGUGUACGCUUCUGAAUGUUUUUUGUUUUUGUUUGUUUUGCACAUGAAAUGUAGUUGUCUUGUUCUUCUGUGCUGAAACCAGUAUUACAGCUGCUUUGAUGUACCAAGUAGUUUCAAUGUACUUGUGGCCUCUCUGAAGGCUUUCGGGAACUUUAUUGAGUGGUACACCACCCUCAGACAGCUUCAUUCUGAGAGUAAAUAAAUCAGUUAAGAAGUGAA